CCUAUUGGUUGACUGCUUAAAAGGAAAACAACCUUUCUGUACGGAAGGGUUUAGCUUCUCAUGGAAACUUUUAACAUACUGUUUGGGAGCCAUACAUGUCCUGUCUGUAUGCGGAUCUACUUUAAAAUGGAAUUACUUAUAAUAACACUCAUCAUCACCUGUGUCCACAUUGAGGCCCAACGUUAUCAUGAAUAUGGAGUGAUUGUAACAUGUGAAGACAAUAUAAAUCUAGAGGAUUUUCUCGUCACACUUGAUGAUGAACUGGUGGCACAUGUGGACAUGGAGAAAAAGCAGGAUGUUUACACAGUACCUGAUUUCAUUGGCCCUGUUCAGUAUCCCUCACUGUAUCAGGAUGCCUUGAGAACUUUAGCUAUUUGCAAAAAAGAAGGUGACGUGUUAAAAGAGGUGUAUGUCAAUUCAUCAGAGCAAAUCGAACCUCCCUGGAGUUCAGUUUAUACCAAACGAGAUGCAGUGUUAAACGUUGAAAACACACUGAUCUGCCACGUUACUGCGUUUUUUCCUCCACCUGUCACAAUUACAUGGACCAAAAACUAUUUGAAUGUGUCAGACAGUACAACACUCAGCCGGUAUUAUCCAAAUAAAGAUGGGACCAUGAAUGUGUUUUCUAGAUUGAGAUUUAUUCCAGUGGAAGGAGAUGUAUACAGCUGCACCGUGCAGCACAAAGCUCUCGAGCAACCUCAAACUAGAAUAUGGGAAGUAGAGAUAAAGGAGUCCAGUAAUGGUCCAUUAGUGUUCUGUGGAGUUGGACUUGGUUUUGGACUGAUAGGAGUUGCUGUUGGAAUUUUCUUUAUUGUCAAAGGAAACAACUGCAACUAAUACUGACAACAACUACAACUGACAUCUGGUGUUUGAUUCUCAUAUAAAAGAUGACAUUUUUUAUUCAUGCAGAUUUUUUCUCAUGUUUUUUUAAGGUUAAUUUAAUUGAAAACGUAUACUUUAAAUAGAAACACAAAAUACCAUACCAACUUGUACAAUGCAAGGAUGUUCACUUGCCACAUAAAAUCUGUCAGUAUCUCCAAUGUCCAUGAAACACUGUAAAGUAAAGAAAAAGUUGGAUAAAUGUAAAAAAUUACUUCAAUAAAAAAAUGUAAAAAUAAAUUACGUUUCUCUCACUUUAGGUGAAAACUUUUAGUUGAAAAUGUUUAAAUAUUUCAGGUUUUACAAAUUUAAGUAAUUUUUACGUUUAUACAACUUUUACUUUUUACAGUGUAUUAUGGACAUUGGAGACAUGGACAUUUAUAGUGUAUUAUGGACAUUUCACUUUAAAAUGUAAGUUCAUAAAACUUUUUAGGUGUUACCAACUGAAGUAAUAUUUUAAGUUGUUCCAACUUUUUACAGUGUAGAUGAAUGUAUCCUAUAAAAUCACUUGUCUUAAAAUUGUCAAUGCAUUUACAUGGCAAUAAAAGCUCAAAAGUUAAAUUUAAAAAUCUGUUUUGAAUUAUGAUAAAGCAGAGCUUUAAAUAAUUGCUGUAAAAAGUCUUUGUUUCUUUAUACCUUGUUUUUGUAAAUUUUUUGUGCAUUUUUUUGUGUGUGUACUUUUAAUUAACUAUAUAAAUCCUGCACAGAAUUUAAUAAAACUAAUUUUAAAAACUC